AUGGCUCAAGACUCAACUAAUAUUAAAGAAACCAUUGGAGCUCUCGACGAUUAUGUUCUUCUAGGACGUAGUGGUUUAAGGAUUUCUCCUCUGUCUUGGCGCAUUGAUACUGCUAAUGCAUACAAUUUUGGCGAGUAUAGCGAAAAGAGCGAGCAAUUUCUUGGAGAAUAUAUCGCUGAUAAAUGUUCUCAAGUUGUAAUCGCCACAAAAUAUACUGAAAAUUCUACUGUUUUAAUGCCAAAUGUCAAAUAUAACCCAAAUGCUGGUGGAAAUCACCGCAAAUCUCUUGUAGAAAACCUCGAUGAAAGUAUUAAACGAUUGGGAACUGGAUAUAUUGAUCUCAUGUAUGUUCAUGCUUGGGAAUUUCGUACUCCUAUUGAGGAAGUAAUGCGUUCUUUAGAUGAUGUUGUUAGAAGUGGCAAGGUGCUUUAUAUCGCGAUUAGCGAUGCACCAGCAUGGGUGGUUAGUUGUGCGAAUACGAUGGCUGAGCUACGUGGUUGGAGUCAAUUUAUUGGAUUGCAAACGACAUAUAAUUUAUUAAAUCGAUCUUUGGAAUAUGAAUUGCAAACUGCCUGUGCUGAACUUGAUGUUGGAAUUAUUCCUUGGGGAUGUAUCGCCGAAGGUUUUUUGACCGGAAAAUACACAAGAGAAUCGGUGACUAACUUAGAAAUGCCUGUUAAUAUUAGAACAGAAAAUGAGCAAAAUUGGAAAAUCCUUGAUGAAGUUAUAGCUAUCGCUGCUGAAACCAGGAGAACUCCUGUUCAAGUCGCAUUGAAUUGGAUCUCACAAAAAACUGGUAUUACUUCUCCUAUUAUCGGUGCUAGAACAAAAGCUAAAUUAGUUGAAAAUCUUGGAGCUCUUGAAUUCAAAUUGACACCUGAACAAAUGGCAAGGCUAGAUACUGUUUCAGCACCAAAAGAAAUACCAUUUCGAUAUUCUAUAUAUUCGAAUCUUGAGCAAUAUGUUGGUAAAGGAAUUCAAAUUCCUGACAAGUAUAAACCCGUUUUUAUGAUGGGUGCUCAAGAAAAAUUGUAG